CUCUCUCACCCCCUGUGGUUUUCUUCUGGGUGAAACCGAACAUGGGUUCUCRUUAUUAGUCUGGCUCCUCCCUCUCUUUGACUUGAGCUGUUUUUCCUCCCUCCCACUUAUGAGGAGAGCUCGGCAGUGUGCGUUAAUCCCGGAUUGCACUGCCCUGCCGUCUGCAUCCCGUUGUUGCUGGGAGAGCAUGGCACGGCUCCAGGACCUCUGUGCUCACACCAGAGAGAAGUGAACGUAAAACAGAGAGACACAGAGAGAGAGAGUUAAAAAAAGAGAAAAAGAGCUGCAGUUGGGCUGUUUUACGACUGUCACAGCUGGUUGAGCRCUGUGCUGCACUCAGAGUUAUUGAGUUUUGGCCACAUACUCUCUCAUCCUACAGGAGAGGAAAAGGAGAAGAAUGGCAGGCAGUUUGUUGCAGUGCUGGGUGAAAAUUUAAAACAAGGGAAGACUUGGUGACCUUCUGGCUUUCACAACACUUACUGCCUUCUACGCACUGCAUCUACCUUUGCUCCUCAUUUUUUGAAGGGAUUUAACUUUUGGUUUUUGUAAAAAAAAAUUUUUUUACUUCAUCUCUUGCUGUCUCAUCUGGAACUCUGUCUGGCAUGGAGUCCCCCACCAAAGAGAUCGAGGAGUUUGAAAGUACUGCUYUGAAGUACCUACAGCCGGAACAAAUAGAGAAGAUUUGGCUCAGGCUCCGUGGACUGCGCAAAUACAAGAAGACGUCCCAGAGAUUACGAUGUCUGGUGAAGCAACUGGAGAGAGGAGAAGCUUCCCUUGCUGACCUCAAGAAAAACCUGGAGUAUGCAGCAUCGGUGCUUGAAUCGGUUUACAUUGAGGAGACAAGCUGGCGAUUGGUGGACACAGAAGAUGAGCUCAGUGACAUCCAGUCAGAGUCUGUGCCUUCGGAGGUGCGAGACUGGCUGGCCUCCACYUUCACCAGGCAGAUGGGCCUAAUGCUCCGGCGGAAUGAAGAAAAGCCCCGUUUCCGGAGCAUCGUCCACGCCGUGCAGGCUGGAAUUUUUGUCGAGAGGAUGUACCGGCGCACCUCCAAUAUGGUGGGGCUCAGCUACCCUGCAUCUGUCAUAUCUGUUCUUAAGAAUGUUGACAAAUGGUCGUUUGAUGUGUUUGCCCUAAAUGAGGCCAGYGGGGAUCACGCUCUUAAAUUUAUAUUCUAUGAGUUGCUCACAAGAUAUGAUCUCAUAAGCCGCUUCAAGAUUCCGAUCUCUGCGGUGGUGUCAUUCGUGGAAGCCCUGGAAGUGGGAUAUAGCAAACAUAAAAAUCCCUACCACAACCUGAUCCAUGCUGCUGAUGUAACCCAGACUGUACACUACCUGCUUCUCAAGACUGGCAUGGUGCAUUGGUUGACUGAACUAGAGAUCUUCGCCAUGAUCUUUGCGGCUGCGGUGCACGACUACGAGCACACAGGGACCACAAACAACUUCCAUAUCCAGACAAGGUCAGACACAGCCAUCCUCUACAACGAUCGCUCAGUGUUGGAGAGUCAUCACGUCAGCGCAGCCUACCGCCUACUGCAGGACGACGACGAAAUGAACAUCCUCUACAACCUCUCCAAGGAUGACUGGAGAGAGCUGCGGGCUUUGGUGAUCGAGAUGGUGUUGGCAACAGAUAUGUCUUGUCACUUCCAGCAGGUUAAAGCCAUGAAGAACUAUCUACAGCAACCUGAAGGCAUCGACAAGCCCAAGGCUCUCUCCCUACUUCUCCACACAGCUGACAUCAGCCAUCCAGCCAAAAGUUGGGACCUGCACCACCGAUGGACCACCUCUUUGCUUGAGGAGUUCUUCAGACAGGGGGACAAAGAAGCCGAACUAGGCCUGCCGUUCUCUCCACUGUGUGACAGAAAGUCGACUUUGGUUGCACAGUCUCAGAUUGGGUUCAUAGACUUCAUCGUGGUUCCCACCUUCACUGUGCUGACCGACAUGAUGGAGCGCAUUGUCACUCCGCUCAUCGACGAGGCCUCCCACUCUGGCCUUUCCACCUUUAGACGGUCCAGUCUGAACAGUAUUAGCUCAGAUGAAACCAAGAGGCACAGUGUGAAGAGCAUAGGAUCUGACAGCAGCUCGUCUGGCCAGAGCUCCCUUCUGACGGUGGACAUUAAAAACUUCAAGGCUUUGUGGAAUGAGGAAGUUUAUCAGAACAGGGAAAGAUGGAAAGCUCAGGCUACCAAAGAAGCGGAAGAGAGAGCUAAAAAGGAGGCAGAAGAGAGAGCUCAGCAGGAGGAGGCUAUGGAACCGCAGGAGGUCCAGGCAGAGUCUGGAUACCCUGAACAGAAGGAGAACGAGUCAGACAGCAAGGUGCCGGAGUCAGCAGAGGUCAGCAGGUCACCAGAUGGAAACACAGGGGAACCGAAGCAGGCGAACCCCCCUGGGAACACGUCACACCUGAGUCCCCUGCUGCAGAACGGUGAGUUGUCAGAGGGGGCUGAAUCUCCUGAUGGUGAAGAAAACAAGAACAAAGGAAUAAGUGAGGCAGCGAUGGAAUAACAGAGCAGAGGAGCGCCAUGGCGACACCGAUUCAGCCCUGUCGCUGUUUAACGGUUGAAGUUGGACUUUGCUGCCCUCUACAGACUGAAAAACUGACACAUUUGCUUCCUUUUUUUUUCUUCAUGUCUUUGCAUUUUAACAGCUUCUAUCACAUGUAUAGUGUUUUCACCAUUUAUAAACAGUCAGGUGCAUUAUUCCUCCUUUCCUGCUUUUUUUAAUAAUUAAAAAUAAAUAAAUAAUAAUAAUGAAGAGGUUUGUUUCCAUCCAGUGGCUAUUAUAACGGUGUCACCACUGGCAAACUAGUUUGUUUUUGUGAUAGUUUGGGCAGCGUUCUUUUAUUUUCCUUUUUAUCGCAUUUUUUAAAAACCCAACUCUUGUAGCUGUUUUAAAARUCCCACUUCCACAUUCUGGAUACAUCUAUAUUAGAUUUAUUUGUUGGGAGAUGGGAGUUAAGAGAUUUGUUGCGACUUACUACCACAUAUGCAGAAUAGAUGCAUAUCUAGAGGGACUUCUACAACGCCUAUACUGCAUGUAUAUUAUAUGUCUUCAGCACUACUGAAGACCUGUGCUCCUUAAAUAAAUCUAGACUAACUUAGAAAACAAUUUUCCUUUUGAGUGCUCCUUAUGGUUGCUAAAGCCACAAAAAUAAAAUAUUUUGUAUGUUUACUUUAACUUUUUUUGCAACUUAAAUGCGUUUGUAUUCCUUACAGCCAGGUGCAAAUGGUUUCAUUUUUUUUCUGUUUUUCUUUUCUGUACAUAUAUUAAACGUUUAUUAAUGGUUGAAUAUGGAACAUAAAUCCAUCAGCCAUCCAGUGAGGGAAAUAUUUUUGAGAUAAAAUGUAAAAUAUUAGUGAAAAAAAGAAGGAAAAAAAAAAGUCCAAAAAUUAGAAAGCAGCUUUUUGCAAUUUUAACAUAUCACACGCGCAGAUGCAUUUGAGUUUUUUUUUUUGUAAAUACAAUGUUUUUGUUUAUCUUUUUGAAAAUACAUUUGUUUUGCAUUAAUUUCCUGUACAAUUUAUGCACUACAUGUGUCUAAUAUUGUCACAUUGUGUGUUUACUUGAUGCCUUCUGAUGUGUUUUGAAGCUGUAGCAAGAGCUCAACAUUGUUGCUAAAUCUUUUUUUUUUUUUUUCAGUGUUCAUUUUUGCUUUUGUUCUGCAGAGUAGUUUUGUGUCAAAACAGCUCCCCCUUCUUGGUCGCUGGUGUGACAUUCAAUCAGCGUGUUUACAGUGCGCCCGUACGCCACUUAGGCUGCCGAAACUUUCACGCUCUUGCGACGCAUCUGAGGCUGCGAAUCCAAAGCGUAUCUGCUUCUCUUUGCCAGGAUUUCAAGGCCUGUGAUGCUGUAUAUAAAAGAUGUACUUAUUGCGCACUUUUGCAUAUGUACCAUAUUGGACAUGUGGGUCAGUUUUCACUUUAUGCAGUGCCUAGCAAAGGUAUUUAUGAUUUGUGUAAGGUUUCCACUUUACGUCGUGUUGGAACCACAAACUUUUAUUUGUUUUGUUUGGAUUUGUUGYGACAGAGUAAUGCAUAGCUGUGAAGAGAACUAUUUUUCAACAUUUUCUGAAAACUGGGCACAUAAAUCCUGCCCCGAAUCGCUAUUUUGUACAGCCACCAUUGGCUGCUAUGACAGCAACUCACUGAGAUUAAAUCAAGAGCAUUAGGCUCAACUCAUGUUCUCAUCACCUCUGAGUAGCUUCCCWUUUGCUGCUGAACAGAAGUCACCCCAAAGCAUGAUGCUCUUCUCUCCACUUCAAAAAUAAUUCUCUAUAUCAUAUAAAAUUCCUUUGUAGUACAUUGAAGUUUGUAGUUGUAACGCAACAAAAUGUGACAAAGUUUAAGUCGGUACCUUUGUAAUGCACUGUGCUCAGCACAUUAAUUUGCAGAAAAAGAAAAGACACAUCUGGGCAGUAUUUGCUAAGUGAUGGACAUUAUUUUCCUUAAACCUCAAUGUUUUUUUUUCUAUGACAUUAACCACGUUUACUGUGUGAAGUUUAAGCUUUAGAAGGUACCUUUGUAUAUUAUAUUGCACCACAUGGUUGUAUCCAAACAUUUUAGAGGAUUGAACACUUAAAGAAAKUAUGUAUAAAAAGUGAGGGAAGGAUUGUUUUUGUAUCCAUGUAGUUGUUUUUUUUCUUUUUAUAACCAGCUUCUAAUGGGUUACAGCAGUUUCUCAUGCACUGAAACCAUAUGCUACUUUCCAUCGAAAAGAUGCAGUCAGUGGUUAGCAAGCCAGCUGGCUGAAUGUGUGCCUCUACCUGUACUUUCCAUGUCACAAGUAACACCUGUAAACACGUUCAGUGAUGUCRUUAUAACCCGCGCUGAUCCCGGCGCGGCCGAACCGCCAGUCGAGUUCUCCUUACAAUUUUUCACACUUAGGGAUUCGGCUGAGACGAUCCUGUUUUUAAAGAUAAAUGUUGCAGAAUAUAGUAUUUUUAAAGCUAGAUAUUGCGCUAUAUUUUGCUCACUUCAUUCAGAGAAGUCUAUUUUAUAGCUAGGC